CCCCCCCUCCCCGGGAUCACCCGGCACCCCCCCGGUGCUCCCCGGCACCCCCCCGGCGCCGCCCGGUCCCCUCCCGGUGUCCCCGCUCAGCCCCCCCUCGGAAUCACCCGUCGGCCGCCCGGUGCCGCCCGUCACCCGCCGGUGUCACCCCAUCACCCCCUCACGGUGCCGCCCGACCCCCCGGUGCCGCUCCGUCCUCCCCCGGUGUGAUCCGUGCCCCCCGACCCGGUGUCCCCCGGCUCCCCCCGGUGCUGCCCCAACGACAGCGACGAACCCCCCGGGGGGUGUCUCAGCCCCCUCCGAGGGUCUCAGCCCCUCUCCGGGUGUUGCCCCCCACCCCUACCCUGAUGACCCCCCCUCGACCCUCCCGUGACACCGGGGGGACACCGGAGGGGACGCCCCGCGUCACCCCCCACCGCCAACCGGGGGGGUCGCUCAGCCACUACCCCCGGGGGGGGCUGCACCCGCCCAGCCCCACUCCUGCGAUGGGGGGUGUCACGGAUUCCCCUCGCCCAGAGGGGUCUCAGUCUUGCCCCCGUUCCCCGGUACCGCGCGGCCCCUUUAAGCGAAACCCCGCCCACCGCCGCCAUUACCCCUCCGCCCGCCCCGCGCCGCCCACCCCGUGGGCGCGGCCAUUUUGGAGGCGCCGAUCACGUGGUUCCACAGCCCCCAUCGCCAUCUUGGCACCACCCUUCUGCCCUCACGUGACUCUGGCUGAGGCCGCGCUGGGCGCCGCCAUCUUGGAGUCUGUCUUGGGGGGCGGGUGGGGGGGCUUGGGGGGCACCCGAGGGGGCUGCGGGGCAGAAUGGGGGUCCUGGGGUCACUCGGGGGUCUGUGGGUCAGUGUGGAACAUCUGGGAGCAUCUGCAGGGCAGGAUUGGUGUGUCCUCGAGGCACCUGGGGGGUCUCUGGGGCAGGAUGGGGGCCUCUGGGUUAUUUGUGGGGCAGGAUGUGGGAUCUUGGGAGCACCUGGGACUCUUGAGGGGUCUGCAGGACAGGACGGAGGGGUCCUGGGGGUCUGUGGGGCACCUCAGAGCUAUCUGCAGGCAUCUGAGCAUCUGUAAGACAGGACUGGGGUGUCCUGGGGCGGUCUGUGAGGCAGGACAGGGAGUCUUAGGGAUCCUCAAAGCUCUGUGGGGUGACAGAGCAUCCCUGGAAUGUCAGGGGCAGGACAGGAGGUCCCACAGGGCUUUGAGGUCCCGAGCAGGGGAGAGGGGACCCCCUGGCCUGGGUGGGAACAGGAUGGGGAGGUCCCACAGGGCUUUGGGGGGCAGGACAGGGGUCCCCCCAACCGGGCUGGGGGGCACAACAGGGGUUCCCAACGCUGCUGUGCCCAGCCUGGGAGGGGCUGGGAACCCACAGGGUGUGGGGGAGCCCCACUGCCCCCCAUGCCCUGCAGGGCCCGUUGUCCCCCCCAGUGUCCCCCCCCCACGUCCCUCCCACAUCUCCCCGUGUGUCGCCCCCGUGUCCCCCCGUUGUCCCCGCGCUGUCCCGGCCCUUUGUGGCCGCGGAUUGUUCUGGCUUUGCCGGGCUCAGCACCCCCCGCGCCCCCCCCCCGUGCUGAUCCAGGCCCUUCGCCCGCUGACUCACCCCACGUGCGGGGCCGGUGCUGAGCUGGCAGAGCCACGGCCCGGGGGGGGCACAGGGGCUCCCCCCGACCCCUCCUGCUGCCCCCCGGGGACCCGCUCGGCAGGGACAGCCCUGUCCCUGUGCCUGUCCCAGGUGUGUCACCAACCCCCCCAGGGGACAGCCCUGUCCCUGUGCCUGUCCCAGGUGUGUCACCAACCCCCCCCCCAUGGGGACAGCCCUGUCCCUGUGCCUGUCCCAGUUGUGUCACCCCCCUAGCCCCCCCCGGACCCCAUCCCCACACUUGUCCCAGCUGUGUGAGCCCCCCCAGUCUCCCCCCAGGGACAGCCCUGUUCCCAUUCCCAUCCCAGGUGUGUGACCCCCCCUCUCCCUCAGCUCCCCCCCAGCCUUUCAUCCCGGCCUUUCAUCUCCAGUCGUCCUGGCAACACCCCAAAGGGUCUGGAGGUGUUGCCAUGACACCCAGGGAUGCUCUGAACCCGAGCCAAGGACCCCGCAGCCCCCCGGGGCUCUGUCCCAGCCUCAGCCCCUCAGCACCCCAGGGGUGCCCUGCGCCAAGGGGGUGGCAGUGCCAGGAGCAGAGGUGCCCACAGCUGUGCCAUGGCCAUUGGGGAGGACCUGCGCAGCGGCUGCUUCUGGCGGGGGGUGCUGGCAGAGGCCAUGGGGACCCUCAUCUUCGUGGGGGUGGUCCUGGGGGCCUCGGCGGGCCCCGGCCCCCUGGCACCGGCGCUGGCCGGGGGGCUGGCGGCCGGGGGGCUGGUCUGCACCCUCGGGGGGCCGCAGGCCAACCCCGCGCUCACGCUGGCCCUGCUGUGCACCCGCAAGCUCGGGGCCCUGCGCGGGGCCCUGGCGGUCCUGGCCCAGUGCGCGGGGGCUUCGCUCGCCGCCGCCGCCGCCCGCGCGGCGCUGCCGGACGGCACCGGCCUGGUCCCCAGGGUGUCCUUCCCGCAGGUGGGGACGGCGGGGACGGCGCUGGCCUGGGAGACCUUCGCCACCUUCCAGCUGGCACUGGCCGCCUUCGCCUCGGCCGAGCGCCGGCCCCCGCAGGCCGGGCUGGCCCUGGGCAGCGCCGUGGCCGCCGGCGCCCUGGCCGCGGGGCCGUUCUCGGGGGGCAGCAUGAACCCCGCCCGCGUGCUGGGGCCGGCCGUCGUCACCGGGGUCUGGGACCACCACUGGGUGUACUGGCUGGGGCCGGUGCUGGGUGCGGUGCUGGCCGGGCUCUCCUACGAGUUCGUCCUGGCCCCCGGAGCCUCCCGGGAGAAGUUGGGCGCCUGCCUCGCCUGCCGGGACGUGGCACUGGUGGAGACCCCCAGCCCAUCCCCUUCCUCACUCUCUGCCCGUGGCCCCCCAGCCCCCCCGGCUGAGCGGGACCAGGGGACAGCCUGAGCCCCUUGGACCCCCCUCUCUGACCCACCCCACCGACCCUCGACACCCCGACACCGUUUCCUCGCAGAGCCCAGAACCUUCCGUGAGGGGCAGCCAGGGCAGGGUGUCCCCCCGGGCAGAUGAGGGGUCCCUGCACAAUGGCUCCAGCCCCCCCCCAACCUUUUCCUGUCCUCUCUGCCCCCCGGCGGGAUUAAAGGUGGUUGGGGGUCUCA